AUGGAAACAGCCAUGGGUCCCCGCAUCACCACAUCGUUUCUUCUUGACAACCUUCACUGUCCAUCAUGUGUCUCUUCCAUUCAACAGGCUCUACAAGAGUCCUGCAGCCACGAUGUGAUCUGGGUGUCACCCAACGUUGUCACUUCAGUGGUCACCAUUGAACACAGACACACUGAGACCCCCGACAUCACCAUUCGUUGCAUGGCCAAGGCUCUACAAGAUGCUGGCUUCGAAAUCAGCGGUGUCACGACAACGGCUGCUACCGGCACUGAUUUGGAUGCCGUGGCCUUGAGACAUGGCGCCCCCGAUGUUGUUAACGACUCUUUGGCGCCCAAGUGGUUGUCCAGUGAAUCACCUGCUCAGCGUGAGGCUCACCUUUUGAACUGCAAACAGUGCCGGGAGUCCAAAAACCCCAGUCCCAAUGGAUCCUGUUGUUCCACAAUACGUGAACCCAUGUCAAACGGCAUCGGCAGUAGCAGCGGCAACCGUCUGCGCAAAGAGACGGGAACGGGAAUGACACCAGAAAGCUCCAAGUGGAGGGCAACCCUAUCCAUCGGAGGAAUGACCUGUGCCUCUUGUGUCAACGCAAUCACCGAGGAGUUGAACAAGAAGGACUGGAUCGAGCACGCAACGGUCAACUUGGUCACCAACAGCGCGACUGUUGACUUUGCCGACAAGGCUAACGCAGAGAAGAUUGCGGAAGCCAUCGAAGAUAUGGGCUACGACGCCAACCUCGACAAUAUCACGGAUGUCGGAAAUGAAGAGACAGAAGGUACCGACCCCGGCUUGUGGAGGGCCGCUUUAGCUAUUGGAGGCAUGACAUGCGCCUCAUGCGCCAACGCCAUCACCGAACAACUGACAAAGAAGGACUGGAUUUCCAAUGUGGUCGUGAAUUUGGUAACAAAUAGCGCUACCGUUGACUUCACAACUGAGGGCAAACAAGACAAGAUCGUCGAGGCAAUCGAGGAAAUGGGCUACGACGCAACCUUGGACAGCGUUGUGAGCGUCAAGUCUGAGGAAAAGGGUGCCCAGCAGCGGACGGUUCAAAUCUCGAUUCGGGGCCUUUACUGUAAACACUGUCCUGGUCGAGUCUCACAUUCCCUUGGAUCUUUUCAGGGUGUGAAGGUUGUUUCAGAACCUAGUCCCGAGAAGCCCAUCGUCACUGUCAAAUACAUACCCGAUGCGCCUUCCUUGACAAUUCGGCAUAUCCUGUCAGCUAUUGAAGCGGCUGAUCCUGCGUUUGAGGCGUCGAUAUACCACCCACCCAGCCUUGAAGAGCGUUCCAAGAUCAUCACCCAAAAGCAUCAGAAACAACUUCUAAGAAGAAUUUACUUGACGCUCUUGGUUACCAUCCCAACUUUCGUUAUUGGUAUUGUCUAUAUGAGCCUGAUUCCCGACACGAACCAUGGAAAGCACUACCUGAUGGACCCCUGGGUCUCAGGUAUCAAUCGAGCACAAAUCGCCCUCUUCGUUCUUGCAACACCAGUUUACUUCUUUGGCGCCGACGUUUUCCACACCAGAGCGAUGAAGGAGAUCCGAAACUUGUGGCGCCCGGGCAGUAAGACACCUAUACUCCGACGCUUCUACAAGUUCGGAAGCAUGAAUAUGCUCAUGUCACUUGGCACAACCAUCGCCUACGUCUCAUCCAUUGGGCAAAUGAUUUCUGCUGCCAUAAGCAAGCCGGCAGUGAUUGACGACACUCACUUUUACUUUGACUCGGUUGUGUUUUUGACACUGUUCCUGCUCCUCGGCCGCCUUAUUGAGUCAUACAGCAAGUCCAAAACCGGAGACGCGGUUGAGAUGUUGGGUAAAUUACGGCCUACGACUGCCAUACUUGUCAACAAGGACGCUAUUGGAAAGACUACGGAUUCAGUCGUCGGAGUUGAUAUGCUUGAUUAUGGCGACAUUAUCCGGGUACCACAUGGUGCUUCUCCUGCCGCCGAUGGUGUUGUCGUGCAGGGCGAGAGUAGCUUCGACGAGUCCAGCUUGACCGGUGAAUCUCGUCUUAUCAAGAAGGUUCCUGGUGACGAGGUUCAUGCAGGAACUGUCAAUAAAGAUUCCGCCAUCCAGGUACGCAUCACAGGUGCUGCAGGCGCUUCAAUGCUUGAUCGAAUUGUUUCCAUCGUCAGAGAAGGCCAAACUAAAAGGGCACCGAUGGAACGCAUUGCGGACAUGCUGACAGCUUAUUUCGUCCCCAUCAUCACUCUUAUUGCGGUAUUGACAUGGCUUACCUGGAUGACUCUUGGCUAUGCCGGUGUAAUUCCUGGACGUUAUCUCGAUUCGGGAAGCGGCUGGGCUACCUUUGCUUUGCAGUUCGCCAUUUCUGUCUUCGUUGUUGCUUGUCCUUGCGGUCUGGCUUUGGCAGCGCCGACCGCCAUAUUUGUUGGUGGCGGCCUUGCGGCCAAGCACGGCAUCUUGGCGAAAGGAGGUGGAGAGGCGUUUGAAAAAGCAAGCAACGUCGAUGUAGUCGUUUUCGACAAAACCGGCACGUUGACUGUUGGCGGCGAACCAAAGGUAACCGAUGCCAAGCUAUUCCUUCAAACGGCAGAUGCGAACACGCAAAGCAGCAUGGUGUGGGCCACCUUGCGGGCAAUUGAAGAGAACAGCAGCCACCCGGUAGCCAAGGCAAUUGUAGCAUAUUGCACAGCACAGACUGAGGUCUGGGUUCAGGUGGACAACGCUCAGGAGCUACCUGGCAAAGGCAUGAAAGCAACAAACCGUGGCGAAAAACCGGAGGAUUCAUUUGAUAUGAUUGUUGGAAACGAGUCACUCAUGCGUGAUUAUCAAGUUCAGUUCGCCGAGGAGGUGUCUUCUCAACUCCAAAUAUGGAAAACCGAGGCCAAGUCGGUCGCUCUUGUAGCCACCAGGCAAACGACGGCUGAUUCUGAUGCACCGUGGACACUUACGGCGGCACUCUCCAUUUCUGAUCCCAUUCGACCAGAAGCAGUUCCCAUCAUCAAAGCCCUUCGGGAGCGUGGAACUCGUGUCUGGAUGCUCUCGGGCGACAACGUUGUCACUGCCAAGGCAGUGGCAUCGCGUGUUGGUAUCAACCCCGACAAUGUCCUAGCCGAGGUACUCCCUUGGGAGAAGGCAGAAAAGAUUACAUAUCUCCAAACCGUGCUGAAGGCGCGUGUCGGUAAGUUGAGGGAGCAUUCGACAAGACGGGCCAUGGUUGCCAUGGUCGGAGAUGGCAUCAACGACUCUCCUGCCUUAACCAAGGCAGACGUCGGAAUCGCUAUUGGCAGCGGUAGCGACGUCGCAAUCUCGAGUGCCGAUUUCGUGCUCGUGACGAGCGACCUCCGUGCCGUUGUGACCCUCCUGGACCUGAGCAAGACAGUAUUCCGCCGGAUCAAGGUAAACUUUGGCUGGGCUGUUGUCUAUAAUCUUCUCGCUAUUCCUAUCGCCGCGGGUUGUCUGUAUCCUAUUACUACAGCAGCAGGGGAACAUAUUCGUCUCGAUCCGGUUUGGGCCAGUUUGGCAAUGGCCCUGAGCAGCAUCAGUGUUGUUUUGAGCUCUCUUGCACUACGCACGAAAGUACCAGGACUUGGUUUCCGUCCUCGUGGACUCCGACAUCCUUGA